UGCAGCGCUGAGGCUCGGUGGCGGACGUUAUAACAAUGCUGUGUCAAUUCAGCUUGCUCUGUGAUCGUAUUGUGUUCUGUGACUUUUAGAAACCUCAGUCAGCUGCUGAGGUCUUGAGGCGUCAGCAUGAUAAUAAGUGGGUUCGGAUCCUGACGGCAAGCAAGGUACACGUACACUUGUAGGAUGUCCAGGGAACAUCCAGUGGCUGUGGAGGGGGCGCAGUCCCAGGACGAUGGCAGUAGUUCCAAGUCAACGUUGAGUGUGACUGAUGAGUUGAAGUUCCUACUAGCAGAUGGCGCGCUUGCUGUUGCCAACUCUAAUCACACCAUCGAGUUACCGCCAUGGUUUGAUUGGGACAAGUUUCGGAGGGGCCAGCAGUACUUCCACAACAACUACUUCGCGCUGUUUGUUGCCAAGCUGUGCGGGUUGCUCACCAUCCUGGCGAUUCCCAGCAUUCAGCGCGUGCUCAGGCUCACUCGCCAGUCCAGCGAGCCUCUGACAGCGUUCAGGCGCUAUGUGGCAACCCUCACACAUAUGCUUGAGUGGUACGAAGGUGAUCUACUGGAGCCUACGUCCAGGGCCCACAUGUCCCUGCUGGGGGUCAGGGCACGCCACUGCACCGCCGCACGAAAGGCUCGCAAGGCGGGAUUAGGGUCCAUAUCUCAGCUGGACAUGGCAAUGACCCAGUUCGGGUUUAUGGGCUUCGGGCUGCUGGCGUCAGAGAAAUUGGGGCUCAUCGGAUCCCCUGAAGAGCAGGAGGGCUUCGUCCACUUUUGGAGAACAGUGGGCCAUCUUCUGGGGAUUGAGGACAGGUUCAACAUCUGCAGGUGCAAUCUGCGCGAGACGAGACAGCUGUGCCAGGCGAUGCUGGAACAGGUGUUUGUGCCUGCAUUACGCAAACCUUCAGAGGGAUUCGACCAGAUGUCGCGUUCCUUGAUCCAAGGUAUGUGGUCCAUGGUCCCUUUCCUCGACUACGACGCCUUCUUGAGCUUCACCAUGCGUCUAGCAGGCGUCGAGACAACAGAAAGCAAGAACAAAUCCCCACAGUCAUUUCACAGCAGAGCGCUUCUUGCGUACCAGAUCUUCGUGCAUGAAGUGGUGCUCAGGAAUUGGUUUCUGGGUUCGAUAUGGAGGCCUAUAUUAAAUUUCGGUAUGUGGCUUUCAGUCUUUUUGACGCAGCGACUUCCCAUAUUGGCCUAUAUACAAUAUGGCAAGAGAAACGUCUAUUGACUAGCACUGAAACGCGAUGGCUCGCACAUCAGGCGAGCCAUCCGACAUCACGCACCACGAGUUUAUACUUAUGGCGUGGUUAAGAAAUACUCGAGUUCCUGAACCUUUGAGUAGUGAGGGAGAUGUGCACGCCUGUGUGAUACGAUUUUAUGAUUGCAGCAGGAAGUGGAGCACGCUAGUGGUCACAGCGUCCUCCAAACUUCAGUUUCUGAACUUACCUGAGACUUUUUCCGCCAGCUAGUUUUCGGUUACAAAGGAAACACAACAUUUACGAAUCUCCUUAGGGCAUUAGGAACAACUACGGAAGUUGCCGUGGUGAGCCCACUGGGCGGAGCUAAUCUGUACACCUUCCAAGGAUAUGAACUCAGUACAACAUAAUUCAUAUUUUUACUUAAUGACGGAAACAGAACUAGCUUACGAAAUGUCCUGUCUUUUAACCAAAAAACAGAAAUUGCAAAAUGUCCAGUAUAUACAAAUUGCAGUAGAUCAUUAUAAACAGAAGGUUCUGGGAAGAACUAAUUGCCUACUUUCCUUGACAUGAACCGCAUACAAAACAACUCUUCCAACAAAUCUUAUAUUGUGUGUGUGUAUUUGUUGCCGCGGUAAUGUUUUUACUGAUG